CUUUGAAGUUUGCAAAGACAAAGAUUGCGAAGAUAAAGACAAAGAAGAUGAAGACGAAGAUUCCGAAGAUAAAAACAAAGAAGAUAGGGAUUGCGAAGAAGAAAACAAUAACAAUAAAGAUUGUAAAUAA